UAAUGGUGGAUUCUAAGCGAUAAGUGGGCUCGACACUCGCGAGCAAACAUUCGAUUACUCGGAUUUGUACAUCGUGAAUGACAGGAGGAUCUUUACAACCUCAAUAUUUGAUUUUUUCCCGACACUCUGUCAAGGCAGUUGGUGUGACGUGCUACCGGGGGGAUUGAUGUUGUGAGUGAGCGUGAAGUUGUGAAAUUUUUUACGUUCAACUAUGAAGAGGAGGAAGCAGGACGGAAGUGAGGACAAGCCGGAGGCCCCGGACGGUGGCUGGGGAUGGUUUGCGUGUUUGGGAAGCAGUCUGAUUACGCUCUCGUUGAGGUCCUUGGACCCUUCGUUCGGGCUUAUCUUCGAUGACCUUCUCACUGACCUCAAGAUUGAUUCAACGAAGGCUUCUGUUAUUCUCAGUGUUUUGGAUGCAUGUUGCAAUUUUUCAGGACUAUUCGUAGGACCUCUACUCACUAGAUACUCAUUCCGAACCGUCGCAGCGUUCGGCUGCACACUCUCCUGCGUUGGGUUGAUGCUCACAGCCUUCGCUAAUAGCUUCUUACAUAUUGUAAUUACCUACAGUAUUCUAACCGGCGUAGGAACUGGUUUGGCUGUCGCCGCCGCGUUUGUAGCACUUAAUUCGUAUUUUUCUAAGAAACGCGGACAAGCCGUGAGUUUUUCAUCUGCUGGAACGGCACUUGCUAUGAUGGUAGUGCCACAAGCAGCACAUUUCCUCCUCGGUCUCUACAAAUUCCGAGGAACAAUGUUAAUCAUUGGAGCGUGGUCAAUGCAUUCGAUCGUUGGUGCCUGUUUACUGAGACCGCUGAUUCCCAAAAAAUCCCCCAGAAAAACUCCAAUCAUUAAGGUACUAGACAGAGAUCACGUGGAUCCUGAAAAAAAGGCGAGCGAGGGUGAGGCAUUACUAAUCAAGCAAACAAAUCAAGUUGAUGAGAGUGAUGGGAAGCAAGAGAAUGCGACUGAACCAUUCUCCAGUGGGGACGAGGACCCGAAGAAGACUGAGAAAUUUUUGGGAAAGUUGAGGGAGGGACAUGGGUAUUUCAAAGUGUUUACCGAUUUAUUCGAUAUCGAUCUGCUGAGGAAUUACUCUUAUCUCAAUGUUAUUUUUGGAUUGAGUUUAUUUAAUAUCGCGGAAUCAAAUUUCAAGUUGAUGACACCAUUUUUCCUCAGAAAACAAGUUGGAAUGACUGAAGGAGAAGUUGCAUUCUGUCUAUCCCUGAUGGCAUUCACAGACAUCGUAGCCCGCCUGAUCCUCCCAGUAAUCUACGACAGGCUGGGCUUCAAAAAGCGUCGCCUCUUUUGGAUCAAUGCUCUUUUUGUCGCAAUGGGACGCUCCAUUCUGGCUGAAAUGUCACAGGGUAUAUUAUUAUUUGUCGUGUUAGUCAUCAAUGGCUUCAUUCGGGGUGCUGCCAUUCAGAAUCUACAGUUGUCGGUGUCUGAGACUUGCUCAUUGCAGAGUUUGCCGUAUGCUUAUGGUCUUUUCAUGGUUUCUAAGGGAACUUUCUCACUUUGUUUCAGUCCUCUUAUCGGCUACGUGAGAGAUUACAGCGGCAGCUACAGAAUCUGCCUCCACGCAAUGAGCUCCAUUAUCCUAAUCUGCUUCAUAACUUGGGGCAUUGAAUUUUUUUUGAAAGCCAUUCGUAAAAAGUCAAAUAAAGUACCUGAAGAAAUCAAAGUUCAAACCACUUGAAUACAACAAUUGAAUAUCAGAGAGUUAUUCUCAUAUGAAUGUUCACGUAUGAAAAAAUUGAAUAGAAAAAGCUGGUGGUUUCAAUCAAAAGUUGUAGUGAAUCUCUAUUGGAAAUGCAUUGGAUUUUAGGAAGGUGCGACGAUUUGAAGGUGCAAUUUGAAUAAUUAAUUAA